UAGUUUUCUGUAUUUCAACAGAUAUGAUGGAUACACAAAAGGACAUUCGUGAUGCCAUUCGAGCAGUGCUUCCUGGUCUUUCUCAGGAGGUUUUGGCUGCUUUAGAGGAUGUGUUGGAAAAACUGGGCACUACAACCGCAGAUGAUUUCCAGUAUAUCACCGAAGAAGACUUAUUGCCUGUGCUGAAGCCCAUACAGGCCAGAAGACUGGUUGCUGCAUGGGCCCAAAAUAACUCAAUGGCUUCAACUUCAGGCGGGGCAUCCUCCUCUCCACAGUCCGUUCAAUCCUCUCAACCUGCAGCCUCACUUUCACAACCAUCAUCUGCUGAUACUUCAUCGCCUUCCCUGAGCUGCUCCCCAGUUUUGCCAACCUGGGUUGACAGUUGUCAGAUACCGUGGCAGAAGCUUCCAGAAGAGCUGAUACAGACUUUGGAACGACAUAAAAGGCCAAGUGCACGACUUCAAAGACAAAUGGUGAGGAUUAUUGUCUCUGAAAUGAUGCUGAUUUGCAAGAAUCCUACCAAACGCGACACUACUGAAAUAGCAGAAAGAAUGGUGAGCAGGUAUCCAAAGUCACUUAAGGAUGUCAUUGAUGGUGACGUUAUUGGACUUGGUUAUCAUUCCCUGGUAAAACAACUCCAGGCAAGAAUUGAAAAUGUCAAACGACAAGACACACCAAAGAUAACUAAACGCAAAGCCAGUGUUCAAUACACGUAUGGCUGUGUCAACUGGGCGCCAAAGUUUUUGCCCCUUUCUGAGACAGUAGAGAAACACUUCCAGCAACUUACUGGCAUCAGUCUGAUGGAAGCCUUCUUCACCAAUCUGGACAAAAAGGGGGAGCGCAUCCUCAACUUCCUGCAAACUGUUUUUGCUCAGAAAGAAAACAAGUUCUGGAGUCUCUCUUCAAGUUAG